AGAAAUGGCUUUUUAUUCGCAGCAUAAGAACCUCCACUUCUUCCCUCUCUCUCGACGCUUCAUCGUCCCCAAUCUUGCAGAUGUCGGUGCACUUUAGCAGCUCGCGCGCCCAGGCCAGCCUUGGCGCCCCACUCCUCCAUCCUCUGCGGCGAUGCCGGAGGCUCCGGUGCCUCGCCCAGGUGGGCGGCGACUCCUACCUCGGCAUGUGGAAGAAGGCCAUGGAUCGGGAGCGCGAGCGCCAGGUCGAGCAUUCGCUUGAAGUUCGCCGCCGCGACGGAAUCGAGGGAGUGGAUCCGGUUCCUUCUCUGGAGGACAAGACGAAACUCUUUAACGAGCUCCUCCAGGUGCCCGCCGAGGAGCGGGACCGGGUCCAGCGCCUCCAGGUCAUCGACCGCGCCGCCGCGGCCAUUGCCGCUGCUCGUUCACUCAUCAAGGAAGUCCCUCCCCCAAGCACUUCUGAAGUAAGGUCUACACCGGACAUCUCUGAUCUGUCGACUCAAGAAGUGCUGCAGGGUGGAUAUUCAUCUCUCAACAAAUCGGAUAUUAAACAAAAUGCAACUCCUGGCCCAGAUUUUUGGUCAUGGUCACCUCCAGACAGUAUAAGAGACCUGAAAUCUGCAAAGAAAACAAUCUCAAAACCAUAUGCAUCCAACAUAGUGAUUGAGAAAGAAAAGCCUAUGGAUUUUCUUGCAAUCCCCCUAGAGAGCACAUUACUAGAGGGCCUGCAUAAUCCCCCUCUUCCACCUCUUCAAUCCCUUGUUAUGGUUGAUAAAGUGGAAACAGAGACCACAGAAAACAUAAAAAUUGCAGAAGAGGAGAAAAAGCUUGAUAAUUUAUUCUCAAAUCAUGCUGCUGAGGCUGCUGAAGCUCUUAGUAAUAGUAAUGCGGCAUCAGAAUUUGGUGUCAAUCCAGAUGGCUCUAAAUGGUGGAGAGAAACUGGCAUAGAACAAAGACCUGAUGGAGUGGUUUGUAAAUGGACACUGACUCGUGGUGUAAGUGCUGAUGAAAUGAUUGAGUGGGAAGAUAAGUUCUGGGAGGCAGCUGAUCAAUACGAUUAUAAAGAGCUAGGCUCCGAGAAGUCUGGUCGUGAUGCAUUUGGUAAUGUUUGGCGUGAGUAUUGGAAGGAAUCAAUGUGCCAGGACAUGAUGAGCGGGCUUAUCCAUAUGGAGAAGACUGCUGACAAGUGGGGAAAGAAUGGGAAGGGUGAUGAAUGGCAUGAGAAGUGGUGGGAGCACUAUGACACUUCUGGGCAAACAGAGAAAUGGGCUCAUAAAUGGUGCAGUAUAGAUCCAACAACAACAUUAGAUGCUGGCCAUGCUCAUGUUUGGCAUGAAAGGUGGGGGGAGAAGUUUGAUGGCAAAGGUGGCAGCGUGAAAUACACCGACAAGUGGGCCGACAGAUCAGAAGGCGAUGGUAGGUGGUCAAAAUGGGGAGAUAAAUGGGAUGAACACUUUGAUGCAAAUGGCCAUGGCGUAAAGCAGGGUGAAACAUGGUGGGAAGGGCAGCACGGUGAGCGGUGGAAUCGCACAUGGGGCGAGGGGCACAAUGGCUCAGGAUGGGUGCACAAGUAUGGCAAGAGCAGCAGCGGCGAGCACUGGGACACACAUGUGCAGCAGGAGACAUGGUACGAGAGGCACCCCCAUUAUGGCUUUGAGCACUGCUGGGAGAACUCUGUGCAACUCCGGGCAGUUUGCCAACCACUUGUCGAUGCACAGUGAUUCGAUUGCUCCGGUAGUUGCAUAAAUUGAUGCCCAGUUGUGUUUUUGCUUGUCCCACUUCAUUCGAAUCAUGGGUACCUAGUUGUGUUUCAGUAUGCACUAGCAUAUGUAUGCAUACAUAUAUAAACAAGAGUUUGAUAGACUUCAACAUUAUGAAUUAGAGUUGUUGUUGACACAACUCGUUCAUUUCA